AUGGCAUUUUCUAAAAUUCUGCUCGAAUGUGUUCUACCUCCAAGCGGAAGACAUGAAAGUAAAGCUGAUUUACUUGACUCCCAUGAACCAAUAAAUAGUGUAGAGCGUGUUGAACAUUUACAAUUAGCUGCUAAAGCAUUACAAAAAGAAUCUCCUUUGCAUUGUGAAAAUGACCCAAUUGACUUAAUAAUUUUAUUAAACGCUGAUACUAAUCAAACUUCUGCUGAACAAUUUGAUGAUUUUAAGAGGGCAGCUAAAGAUACCAUUAGACAAGCUCCCCCCGAACAAUUCCAACAGAGAAUUCGCGUUACUAUUUGGUCGGGAAAUCCUUUACAAAAACAGGAACCUUUAACUCUGGAUGAUGCUCUUUUUGCUAUUGACCGCAUUGACUGGCCAACAAAUGAUGAGAUUAGCCAAAUUCAACGUGAUUCCCCUCAACCACUCAACAACAAUUUUGAUUGCAAAUCUGAUUUAAUUUUUGUAAUAGACACUUCACAAAGUGUUGAAGAAGAAUUUAGAGAACAAUUAGAUUUAGUUUUAGAAUUAAUUUCUCGCCUUCCAAACAAAAAUUUUGAAAAUGGAAAUAUUCAAAUUGGGGCAGUUUCUUUCCAUCGAAAUUCUUUAUUGCAUUUUUCUAUUGGAGAAAUUAAAGAAAAAAAUAAAAUUUUUGAAGCAAUUUCAAACAUUCAACACACUGGAGGAAGUACUUCUGCAGUUAGUGGAAUUAAUUUAGCUUUGGAACAAAUUGAGAAAAAGAGACGUUCUGAUGCUAGACAAAUUAUUGUUUUAGUUUCUGGUACUUUUAAAUCAGAAUUUAUCUAA